UCCAUUUUUAUCUCUAACGUAUCUUUUCAUUUUCUGACAGUUUCUACUUUCUUUCUUGGUCGACCUUCAAUUCGCUUUAGACAUUGAAAUAUGCUAUGAGGAGGCUCAAGAGUCAAGAUUGAAGAAGAUCUUUCAUGACCCACCUUUUCUUUCUUCGCUAAAUUCAAGGCCUAAGAGUUUCCAACUCCCCGAAACACUGAAAAAUAAAGACGAUGAUGCUGACCGCAACUGUUUCUCUACUUCCAUGAAGUCUGUGUAUGCCCUUCGUCCAACUCAAUUUCACAAAUUCGGGAAAUUGGGUUCAGUCCCCUCAAUCAUUUUCAACUAUGUCCUCGCGGCAGCAGACCCUCAAUUUGGACAAAUCGGUCAUCAGUGACAAGCCCAACAAGAUCAGGAAGCGAGGUUCUUCCUCCUCCUCCUCAUCUUCUCUGGUCCGAAAAUACCGAUUUAAGCGAGCAAUUUUGGUGCCCAUGUGGAACACUAGGACCAAGUCUCCUUCUAUGGCGACCCAACUCGCAAAGCCUUUGUCUUCUUCUGUGAUAAGUGGUAAAGAGAAGGACCUGUCAGUGUUUGGGAGGAAGCUCGCUGCCACAUUGUGGGAAAUCAAUGAUUUGCCUACCUCUAGAGCGAAGAAAGAUAUAGGUGAAGAAAAGGUGAGGAGCAAGAAGAAGGAGAUGUGGAAGCAGAAAGCUGCGGACUCAUCGAAGCCAAAUAUGUCAGAUUCAUCAUAUAGUCGCAUCUGUGAGUCUGAGAGAGUGAAGGGGUUUGAAGGUGAGGGCAGUAGAAGAGUAUCGACAGGAUCUCACAAACUUCAAUUGGCUGAUUACUACUUGGGAGGAUUUGAUGAUCUUAGCAAUGCCAAUUUCAAUGAGGUAGGAGAUCAACCAAGAAAUAGCGCUUAUAGUAAGGACACAGUUAGAGUUAAGAAUCGUUUGAACAAAGCUCGAACAGGCCUAUCUACAUCGAAGAAGCUUCUCAAGGCAUUAAAUCAAAUAUGCCUUCACAAACAUAAUUCAUCAAGCAUGCCCCUGAUCUUAGGCCUGCGCAGAGAGCUUGAUCAAGUCUGCAACCAAAUUGAUCAAGUAAUCCAGGAAAAGGGAUUAAAACAGAAUGAUGUAGAGCAUCUCCUGAAGAAUUUUGCUGAAGCGAAGGCCGCUUGGAAAAGAAGAGAGCGAGAAAAGGUUCGUCAUGCCAUGUCACGCAUGGCAGAAGAGAUUGAGGUAGAGAAGAGACUGAGAAGACAAAUUGAGAGGUUAAACAAGAAGAUUGCUCAAGAAAUGGCCGAUGUAAAAGCUUCCCAUUUUAAAAUUUCUGAAGAGCUGGAAACAGAGAAAAGGGCAAGGAAUACUCUGGAGCAGAUUUGCAAUGAACUAGCUAAAGGUAUUGAGGAAGACAGAGCCGAGGUAGAAGAACUGAAAAGAGAGUCGGCUAAAGUUCGAGAUGAGGUGGAAAAGGAGCGAGAAAUGUUUCAGUUUGCUAAUGUUUUGCGUGAAGAAAGAGUCCAGAUGAAACUUUUAGAGGCUAGGUAUGAAUUUGAGGAGAAAAAUGCCGUGUUGGAAAAGCUGAGAAAUGAACUUGAAGCCUUUCUCAAAAAUGAAGGUGAAAACAGUGACGUUUCUCCCCUGAUGAAAAAAAUUAAGGAUCUCGAGUCUUAUUUGAAUAGAAGCCGUUGGGGAUCUGAACCUGUAGAGAAACAAGACGAUACGGAUGCUGGAUAUGGAGUAAAGCAAGGAGAUGAAUCAGAUGAUAGUGAUAUUCGUUCCAUUGAAUUAAGUCUGGACAAUAAUAAAAGCUACAAAUGGAGUUAUGCUUGCGAUGAUGAUGGAGGAGAAGAGUUUAAAGGAGUUUCAAUUGAUGGUAUUGGAAGGAAAUCUUUCUUCGAAAAAAUUCAGCGGGGGAGCAGUUGCUUCAACAAGAAGGAUUUUGGCAAAAAUAUUCAGAAAAAUUCUAAUGAGUUAGAACAAGAAGGAUCGAGUGGAUUGCUCUCAGGAGCUCAGAUGCUUGAUAAAAGCGAUGAAUUUGAGAACUUUAGGUCUAAAUCAAGGCCUUUGCAGGAUGGUGGCGGCGAAGCCGAGAUAAGUUUUUUGUUGGAAGGAGGUCAGUUAAAGCAAGAGGCUGCAGGCAGAAUAUCAAUAUAGGUUCUAUUGCUUAUGUUUUCAAUUCAUAAUGCUUGUUUCCCCUUCUUCUUUGAAGUGUUUAAAAAGGUUCAUUCAUCAGUACAGCGCCUGUCUUCGCGUCGUGCUAUACCCGAGAAAGAGAUAAAUGACAAUUUUGGCUCCGGUUAUUUGUUUGUGCUGGUUGUUAAUUUUUGUCCCAGCCCUUGGAUCCCAUGGCGUUUGCCCUGAGAACAUGCUACUCAGGCCUGUUGCAAUAUCGCUUUAUCACUUUUUGAAUGUGAGAAGUUGUUCACUUGUUUGGAUAUUUUUUUUAUGAG